CGCAUCUCAUGAUGGAAGAAUGGGUGCCGCUCUCGCGCUGCAAAGAAUGGGAACCAUCUCCUCCAUACCAAGCAAAGGGGCACUCUCUCUUCCACUUCGAUCGCAUCUAUACCAAGCAGGGGCGAUUAAUGGAAGGCCAAUCAAUCAAGAUGCAUGAUCAUCACACGGGUAGUAGAACGUGUGAUUCCAGGGGGUGUAAGGUGCUAGGCAAGCUGCUAUGGCGAUGAGCAUGGCCAUGGACGUCGCUGUAGCAGGGGGCUCGCAGGCUGUAAGAAAGAUUGCAAUGGUGUCAAGCAACACUGGGGAUGGCAUCCACGUGCCGCGCAGUGGUGGUAUGUCGGUGGCUGGCACGGCUCCACCUCAGCAGUUGAGUCCUGCUACAACUGGAAGGAAAAUCGCGCGUAUGCUGGAUGACUUUGCCUUCACCCGGUGCAAAGUGGAUGAGAGGAGCGGCGAUGGCGGCAGUAGCGUCCUCGUCAGCAGUGCCUAUCCAUCUGUGCCACGUGUCACGCGGUCACGCGUUGCUCUCUCCCGAGGGUCGAAUACAGCCAAUGCUGCUGCACGACAAUCGCCUCAUGGAGGAGGGGGAGGAGGAGGAGGAGGAGGAGGAGGAGGAGGAGGAGGAGGAGGAAGAGGUGAUCCCCCUACCGUACGAGGACAAUCACCAGGGAAGGAAGAUAUACAUGAAGAAGGGGCAUGUGAGAUGGCGGCGCAGUUGCACAAGUCGUCAUCCUUGAGGCCAGCAGCUGAAGAGGCAUUGCUGUCAGGACAGGAGGGCUUGCCUCUGCUGAGGGAGAUAUCUGAUGCAUCUUUGGCACUCAAGGUCGGGGUUGAGAAUGGGGUUCCAUCUUCUUUUGCUUCUGUUAGAAAGCGGAGGAGCAAGAAGAGACACCUAGGACACAUUGCAUACGAAGAAGACGCGCUGAACCUGCACCCUCAAGGAGGAGUGCAAGGGGCAUCUGAAUCAAUCGCUGAAAGAACAGAACCGAUAGGACCACAGAGAAGCAAUCAGAUCCGAAGAGAACAACAAGUGGAGCAACAGCAACGGACUAAGUUACUGAUGGCCCAAGAAGAGAAUCUCCUUGAUGGUGAUCACAUAGAGAUAACGAGAAACAGAGAUGGAUUAUCGUCUGGAGGAAGGGGAAAGAAGAGGGGGGAGAAGGGGAAAGAGGACGAGGAGGGGGGGGGUAAGGGGAGGCAGCAAAGUCAGGUGAAAUCUCACCCCCCCCCCUCAUUUGAUGGCAGCCCUCCGAGCGAGUGGAAGCAAGUGUUGGAUAUGAUAAAGAAGAUGAGGCAAUCAGCAACCGCUCCGGUGGAUUCGAUGGGAUGUGAGAAGGCGGGAAUAGGCAUAACUUCACCGGAGGAUCGCAGGUUUGCUGUUCUCGUUUCUGCUUUGCUGUCCAGCCAGACGAAGGACAGUGUCACUCAUGGCGCAAUUACCCGACUGCGUGACAAAGGGCUGCUCAACGUAGAGGCCAUAGUGAAAGCGGACACAAAAGAACUGCAAGAAUUGAUAUACCCAGUCGGCUUUCAUGCAAGGAAAGCCGUCUAUUUGAAACGUGUGGCAACUAACUUGGAGGAAAAGUAUGAUGGUGAUAUCCCAAAGACUCUCAAAGAGCUCCUGGCUCUCCCAGGGAUAGGUCCAAAGAUGGCUCAUUUGAUCAUGAACGUGGCCUGGGAGCAGAGCCAGGGUAUAUGUGUGGACACUCAUGUGCAUCGUAUAACCAAUCGGUUGCAUUGGGUACGCGAUCCGCGAUCGCGGCCGGAUGCACGCAAAAAUACGAAGACACCGGAGGAGACACGCAUGGCAUUGGAGGCAUGGCUCCCAAAGGAGGAGUGGGUGGAGAUAAACCCACUCCUAGUUGGAUUCGGGCAAGAGAUAUGCCGCCCUAUUCGACCGCUGUGCAACCUUUGUUCUCUCAGCAAGCUCUGUCCCUCUGCGUUCCAGGAGCGCCAGCGCUCUCCAGAGAAGUCUAGGAAAGGAGGGGUGAAGGACAGAUGACGUGGGCGAUGAUGACAGUGCUCAGGAGGCAGACAAGACAUCAAUCAAAAGCAGAAAUCGUG